UAGCCUCAGUCAUUUUGUCGGUCAUUAUGAAUCUUGGUUAGAAAACAUAAACACAGUUUUGUUGUAGUUUAAAUUUUCUUUUUGUUUUAGUAACUUUUAAAUGAAUGAUCAUAAUCCAUAGACUGGCCCCAUGCAAGUCUUUUUAUUUUUUCUGCAGAAGUCUUCUUAAUUUCUUAUUCAUUUAGAGUCUCAUACAUGAACUCGUGCCAUUCAGAUCACUUACAAGAUAGUUUGCAUCCAGACAUUUCAAUUUAUUAAUAAACUCGUUUAAAAAUAUGUAAUUGCAAAAAAUAGUGUUGCAAGAGUCUUCCCAAACUCAUGUUUGGAGCAUAUGGAACAGUUUGCUGGUUUAUUGGAAGGUGGAAAGGUAUUAGCACUUUCUGUUUGACAAUUUGCCUAAUUUUAAGCAUAUCUUGUCUUUGGAUAGUGCUUUAUUAAUAAACAUUGCUAUUUCAAAAAAUAUAGAGUAUUAGUAUAAUAUUUAGUUAAAGUAGUAAGUUGUAUCUUUAAAACUAGUAGACAAAAGUUGUAUCUUUAAAACUAGUAGACAAAAGUUGUAUCUUUAAAACUUGUCAACAAAAGUUAUAUCUCUAGAACAUGUCAAAAGAAAAGUUAUAUAUUUAAAGCUUACAUGCCCAUAUUUUCCUUUUUAAAAAGAAAGUGGAAUACGGUAACAAUCCACACAUAUAUACAAUAAUAGAUGUUUUCCACUUCCUAUAGUGCUGUUUCCUAUACUCCUAUCAGUGUAUAGCAGUAAACAUGGCAGCUACAUGGAGGUUUUUUUUACUGGUUCUCAUGAACCUUGUCACUUACAUGUCUGGCUCUGCAGAAUCCUCUAUAACCUCUGCAGAAUUCAUCAAGUCCUCGUGCAGGUCUACUCGCUACCCUGCUUUAUGUGUUCAAUGUCUUAUGGGAUAUGCGAGCGUGAUUGGCCAAAGCGAGCGACAACUAGCCAUAGCUGCUAUAUCAGUGAGCAUAUCCAGGACACGAUCGAGUGCAUCAUAUGUGAAGAAGAUAUCAAAAGCAAGAGGCGUGAAGCCAAGGGAGUACAGAGCCAUACAAGACUGCAUAGAAAACAUGGGUGACAGUUUGGACAGUCUUAGCCAGUCGGCUAGAGAGUUAGGCAGUAUCGGUCAUGCUGUUGGAGAGGACUUCGAGUGGCACAUGAGCAACGUGCAGACUUGGGUCAGUGCUGCUCUCACUGAUGAUAACACUUGUCUUGAUGGCUUUGCCGGUCCUUCCAUGAAUGGAAAUGUUAAGGAUGCCUUCAAGGAUAGGAUUGUCAAUGUUGCUCAAGUUACCAGCAAUGCACUCGCUUUGGUUAAUCGAUUUGCUUCUAGCCAUUGAACUGCCGAAACUCCUUGAAUCUUCGACUAUCGGUCAGUUGUACUUGUUAAAUUGUAUUGUUAAUUUUCUCACUAAACAGAUGAAAAGUCUCUCUUCUACCAAGUCUAGAUUUGAUCUUGUGUGUUUUUUGUUGCUGUAGUGCAUGAUGCUCUGUAUUGUAAAAAGAAUGAUAUUUUGAGUGUGUUUGUGUAAUGUAUAAGGGAUUUCUUAUGGUGUAUUGAAGAAUUUUCUAGAGAAUUAAAUGAACUUCUUUUGUGUCU